AUGGGGGGGGGGGGGGGAAGGAACAUACACACACACACACAAAGUAGUAGUAGUGGUAGUAGUAGUAGUAGUAGUGUGAGUAGUAGUAGUAGUAGUAGUAGUAGUGGUAGUAGUAGUAGUAGUAGUAGUAGUGUGAGUAGUAGUAGUAGUAGUAGUAGUGUGAGUAGUAGUAGUAGUAGUAGUAGUAGUGUGAGUAGUAGUAGUAGUAGUAGUAGUGUGAGUAGUAGUAGUAGUAGUAGUAGUAGUGGUAGUAGUAGUAGUAGUAGUAGUAGUGUGAGUAGUAGUAGUAGUAGUAGUAGUGUGAGUAGUAGUAGUAGUAGUAGUGUGAGUAGUAGUAGUAGUAGUAGUAGUGUGAGUAGUAGUAGUAGUAGUAGUAGUAGUAGUAGUAGUAGUAGUAGUAGUAGUAGUAGUAGUAGUAGUAGUAGUAGUAGUAGUAGUAAAAACGAGAAAAAUUUAAUUGGAACAUUGAUAUAA